AUGUCGCAGUAUGCCGCGGAGCUAUGUACGCUUCUGAUUGCAGAUAAUUUCGGAGAACUAUACUCUUUGAUAUUCUCCUACCUUGUCCAGCAUGGACGACAACCGCUUAUGAGAAUAGUCCAUAACACAAAUCUUUCGCCUCGACAAGUGAAACACGGCUUAGCCAUUCUCAUCCAGCAACAGCUUAUCUUCCACUAUACCGGCUUCGAGGACGGCGUAUCAUACUACCAAGCGAAUUGGCGGGCCGCAUACCUACUAGUACGGUCCGGGAGUAUCUUGCAAUUGACAAGGGAGCGGCUGGGUGAUUAUGCGGCAAAAGUGGUUUCGGCGAUUCUCUCUCUGGGACAUGUCAAAAUAAGCCACCUUGAGAGCCUACCAGAGCUUCAGCCGACUCCUUUACGAAAUGGAUCCCAUCAACACAACGGUGUGAACGGCGAUCACUCUCUGGAGAAUGGAGACGAGGAAACUAUGGGGAACGGCGUGGAUGACGGUGUGAACGGAGACACUGGGGCCUAUGCUAAUGCGACUGGGGAGGGGACUUCCCGGCUCGGUCCUACACUCCGAGAGCUUGCCGCGUACGGUUACAUUAUGCGUGUGAAGGACGUCCAUUUUCAAUCGCCCUCUGAUUUACUGGAAUCGGCGAGGAGAGCCGUCAAGGCUAGUGGUGAAACCGAAGGGCUAAAAGGGAAAAAGCUUGACGAGAAAAUUGAGGAAAAGGCGGAAAUUAUGCUUCAGGAAUGGAUGGAUGGAACCGUUGCUUAUGGCCUGAUUCCUCGAAAUAUCACCAGGGGUAUGAGAAGACGAGCAGCAAACGGGGACUCAGAGGGUCCACGCAAGCGACCUAAGCUUGAUGAAGCAGUCGAAACAGACAACUAUGACAUUUCAGAAGAUGAGGACGAUGAUGAUGGCGAUAUGACAUUGGAUAGUAAUAUGGUUAUCCGGAUCAAUUACGAGCAAUUCAAUGUUGCUCUCCGCAGCCAAAGACUAAUCAAGUUGGCAGACCAAGAAACCUCACCUGUCACUUCUCAGGUAUACGAAAUACUACUAUCUAGGAUCGAGCUUAAAACUCGAAAAUGCCGCCAGCAGGAUGGGCCUGUCCUAGAAGGAGAGGAAGGACAGCAUUAUUCCGUACCAAUUCCCUUACAUACAAUAGUCAACGAUCUCGACCCUAAUCUGGAUCUUCUAAGCAGCGUUGCCGGUAUGUCCGCAACAAAGCCUAAGCAGAAUGGUUUAGAGAAUGGCCAUGGAGAGGAUGACGAGGAUGAGGAUGAGGAUGACUUUGAUGAAGAGGAUGGUGAAGGGAAUCCGCAAUCCAAAACUCAAAGCCGUGUUUUCCAAGUCGCACAGCAUCUUUCUUUACUCGCUUCUGAGCCCUAUCACUUUUCAACGCGGAGAAUGGAUUCGGGUAUCAUCACAUGGGCCGUGGAGUUCAGACAUCUUGCUCGAAAACUACGACAUCUUGAAAUUGAACGGCUCGUUGAAUCUCGAUAUGGCACUGUUGCUGUACGAGUUCUUCGUGUGCUAGCUGACAAGGGAAGGUUGGAUGAGAAACGCCUGCAAGAAAUAAGUCUGAUGCCCUCCAAGGAUCUACGGCAAAUACUAGCACGGCUGCAAUCUGGGGGGUUUAUCGAUCUGCAAGAAGUGCCCCGAGAUGCUCAACGUCAACCUUCCCGAACCAUAUACCUAUGGUUCUACGACGCUGACCGAGUGGUUAUGAUGCUCGUUGAGGACACGUACAAGAGCAUGGCCCGAUGCCUUCAACGUCUAGCCUACGAAAGAGGCAAGCUCAAAACACUCAUCGAAAAAGCUGAACGUUCCGACGUGAAGCGUAACAUGGAGCGGUAUCUCUCUGCCUCUGAUAUGGCCGCACUACAGGAAUGGGAAGCCAAGGAGACCUUACUUCUAGGCGAAGUUGCAAGACUGGAUGAGCUUGUUGCUGUCUUGAGGGACUACUAA